GCCGAAAAGUUUGGACUUGCAUUGGACUUGCACUCGACCAUGGCCUCCGCAAGCAAGCUCACCCGCGACCAGGUCGCCUCUGCGCAGAUCCAGGGCGACUAUGCACUUAAGCCCGACUCGUCUGCCCCGCAACUCGACACGUCGCAAUGGCCGCUCCUCCUUAAAAACUACGACAAAUUGUUGGUCCGCUCUGCACACUUCACGCCCAUCCCUUCCGGAUGCAGUCCGCUGAAGAGGGACAUCACCACUUAUAUCAAAUCUGGUGUCAUAAAUUUGGACAAGCCGUCCAAUCCCUCCUCUCAUGAAGUUGUCGCUUGGCUGAGACGGAUCCUGCGUGUGGAGAAGACUGGCCACAGUGGGACGCUCGACCCGAAGGUCACUGGCUGUCUCAUUGUCUGCAUCGACCGUGCUACUCGUCUGGUCAAAUCCCAACAAGGUGCAGGAAAGGAGUAUGUCGCUGUACUCCGCCUCCACUCGAGCCUCCCCAAUCCUGCAGCCCUCCCUCGCGCCAUCCAGACCCUCACUGGUGCCCUCUUCCAACGACCACCACUCAUCUCAGCCGUUAAGCGUCAGCUCCGUAUACGUACGAUCUACGAGUCGAACCUUCUUGAGUUUGACGAGAAGCGGAACCUCGCUGUCUUCUGGGUCUCUUGCGAGGCUGGCACGUACAUCCGGACGUUGUGUGUGCAUCUCGGUCUGAUCCUUGGUGUCGGUGGGCACAUGCAAGAGCUCAGGAGAGUGAGGAGUGGUGCGCUCAGCGAGAACGACAGCAUGGUCACUAUGCAUGACGUACUUGACGCACAAUGGGUAUACGACAACACACGAGAUGAGUCGUAUCUCCGCCGCGUCAUCCGCCCGCUUGAGUCGCUACUAGUCGGCUACAAGCGGAUUGUUGUCAAGGAUAGCGCUGUGAACGCCGUCUGCUAUGGCGCCAAGCUCAUGAUUCCUGGUUUGCUCCGCUACGAAGCUGACAUUGCACUGAAUGAGGAGGUUGUUCUCAUGACAACCAAGGGUGAGGCCAUCGCUCUUGCCAUUGCACAAAUGUCCACCGUUGAACUGGCCACAUGUGACCACGGUGUUGUCGCGAAGGUCAAGCGGUGUAUCAUGGAGCGAGACACCUACCCGCGCCGCUGGGGUCUUGGCCCGAAGGCUUUGGAAAAGAAGAAGAUGGUCAAGGAUGGCAAGCUCGGAAAGUACGGCGAGAAGAUUGCGGGCGUCACUCCGGCUGAAUGGAGCAAGGACUAUGUUGACUACUCGCGAGAGGAGCCUACCGCUGGUCCGUCGACGACUACUGCUCAUAUAGAGACUCCCGCUGCAGAGCCUGCCGCCGAGGCGAGCCCAGCCAAGGAGAAGGAGAAAAAGCGGAAGCGGAAGUCCGAGAUCCCUGACGCAGAUGGCGACGUCUCCAUGGCCGUAGAGGAGAACGGCGACGAGGACGCUGCUGCCAAGGCGGAGCGGAAGCGUCUCAAGAAGGAGAAGAAGGCGAAGGAGGCGGCGGAGCAAGGCGACGAGGACGAGGACGAGGAGGCAAAGAGAGAGCGUAAGCGGCUGAAGAAGGAGAGGAAGGCGAGGGAGUCGAUAGGCGGCGAGUCAUAGUGUUCGUGUCUCGCGCCCUUGUUGCGGUGUAGGUUGGCUGUAGUAGCAAAAUUCUUGCCGUCGUCGGUGACAGGCGACGCUGACCUUCGUGUCUUGUGUUCAUACGUAUACUUUCUUGCACGUAGUCUCGCUGUAUCCUAGCUGCUUUGCAUUGAUUCUACUCGUCUGUCUUGUUCCCUAACUGAAUGCAGGAACGGACGUGCAUUAUAUGUGAUACUCGUGUCAAUCGGAACGGUAAUACAGUCCCAAUAUCAGGCUCAGUUUUGCGAGC